UGAUAUAUGAUUAUUAGCCUAUCUGAUUUUUUGCUUUUGGACAUGGUAAAAAUUCAAAGCAUUUCCAAAGAUCAAAAUUGAAAGUAAAAUUGCUGAAAACUCAAAAAUUUAUUAGGAAGAAACAAGAUUAUAUAUUCCAUGACAAUGACUGAUAAUUCUAAAGCAUGGCUGAAUAAUUUCACCAUGAAAAAACAAUUAACUUCCAACUACAGUACGAGGCAUUCAGGACCUCACCACCGCCCCCGGUUCUUGUGUGAGCUCCAAGUGCCGACAUACGCCUACACCGCCAUCGGCAACUCCACCAGCAAGAAACAAGCAGAAGCAAAUGCAGCCAAAGACUUCAUACAGUUCCUCAUCAGGAAAGGGGAAGUGACAAUUCAGGAUGUGCCGUUCCUCAUGGCAGCACCCAGCACGGGGCCUGCUGCCCCUGGUGUACCAGGGCCUCUCACGCUGGCCUCUGAACCGCUUGCUCCAGUGCCUGGCCUCAAGGAGGAGGGCAACGUAUAUCUGCCGCGUCAGGAGGAGGGUGGGGAGCGGACCGUGACGUACAUAGACCGCGUGAAGGAGCGUCAGCUGGUGGAGGACGCGGAGGACGUGGACCUGACGGCGGCCAUCCACGGCAACUGGACCAUCGACAACGCCAAGUCCAGACUGCACAUCUACUUCCAGCAGUGCCGCAUGAAGGCGCCUGAGUUCAAGUUCUCCUCAGUGGGACCUGACCACAGCAAGAGCUUCGUGGCAGAGAUGAGCUUCUUCGUCAACAGUCUUGGCAGACAUGUGAGUGGCCGCGAGACAGGCUCCAACAAACGUCAGGCCAGCCAGAGCUGCGCGCUGUCGCUGGUACGGCAGCUCUAUCACCUGAACGUGAUCGAGGCGUUCACGGGCUCCCUCAAGCAGAAGAAAGAAGGCGACGACAUCAAGCCUUAUCCUGUCAACCUCAGCCACGAGCUCUGCCAGCAGAUCGAUGCUACGCUCGAAAUGUGCAACGUCCAGCCUGUGACUGUCACGGGCCCGCUGCCCUCGGACGGGUCUGGCCUGUCGCUGCUGAGCUCCGUGCAGCUCGCCGCCUACGAGGAGUCUGCUGCCCCCCAGCAGGGAGGCAUCGUGUCUUGGUGUCCCCCACAGCAGAACUGGAACCCCUGGCUUAACUGCAACAUCGACGAGGGACCGCUGGCUGAGGCUGACCUGGACCAGCUGAGCGAGUCUCUGCUAUCAGAGCGGCAGCAGCGGCUGCAGACAGACGAGGUCCUGCAGCAGCUCCUGCAGGAGCGCGGCAGCCUGCCCGUCUACGCCAAGAAGCUCGACAUCCUCGCCGCUAUCAGGGACAACCCCGUCACCAUCAUCCGUGGCAACACGGGCUGUGGCAAGACUACGCAGGUGUGCCAGUACCUGCUCGACGACUGUAUAGAGUCAGGCGCGGGUGCUCACUGCAACGUCGUCGUGACGCAGCCUCGUCGCAUCUCCGCCGUCGCCGUCGCCGACCGCGUCGCUGCCGAGCGCGGCGAGGAGCUGGGCCAGUCCAUCGGCUACUCCGUCAGAUUUGAGAGCGCGUUGCCACGACCGUACGGCAGCGUCCUGUUCUGCACGGUGGGCGUCCUGCUGCGCCGUCUCGAGGGAGGCCUACGCGGCGUGUCUCACGUCAUCGUCGACGAGAUCCACGAGCGCGACAUUAACACUGACUUUGUCCUCAUCGUCCUUAGGGAUAUGGUGCGUGCGUUCCCUGACCUGCGCGUGGUGCUGAUGUCGGCCACUAUCGACAUCUCACUUUUCCACGACUACUUUGGCAACCCUGCGGUGGUGGAGGUCGAGGGCCGCUCCUUCCCCGUCACCCACUACUUCCUCGAGGACUUCAUCGAGAUGACGGCCUUCGUGCCCACGCCUGACAACCGCAAGAAGUCCAAGUCUAGGGAGCGAGAUGAGGACGUUCCUGAGGAGCCGCAGGAGAACCUGAACCUCAUCGUUAACCCCGGCACGGACUACAGCAGCGCCACCAUCGCCAGCCUUGCCAGCAUCAGCGAGCGAGACAUCAACUUCGAGGUGGUGGAGAAGAUCCUGCUGUACAUCAGGACCCUGGAGGUGCCGGGCGCGGUGCUCAUCUUCCUGCCGGGCUGGAACGUCAUCUUCUCCAUGAUGCGCGCGCUCUCGCAGUGUCCUUCCCUCAGAGGUGGGCUGUACGUCUUCCUGCCCCUACACUCGCAGCUGCCGCGUGAAGACCAACGCCGGGUGUUUGAGCCUGUGCCCGACGGCGUCACCAAGAUCAUCCUGGCGACGAACAUCGCCGAGACGAGCAUUACGAUCAACGACGUGGUCUUCGUGAUCGACUCGUGCCGUGCGAAGAUGAAGCUCUUCACGUCGCACAACAACAUGACGAGCUACGCCACCGUCUGGGCCUCCAAGACCAACCUCGAGCAGAGGAAGGGCAGGGCGGGCCGUGUCAGGCCUGGCUACUGCUUUCAUCUUAUCAGCAGGGCCCGCUUCGCGCAGCUGGACGAGCACAUGACGCCGGAGAUGUUCCGCACGCCGCUGCAGGAGGUGGCGCUCUCCAUCAAACUCCUGCGCCUCGGCAGCAUCGGAGAGUUCCUGUCUAAGGCGAUCCAGGCGCCGCCCUUGGACGCCGUCAUCGAGGCUGAGGUCUCCUUGAGAGAUAUGAAGUGCCUGGACCGUAACGACGAGCUGACGUCGCUGGGGCGCAUCCUGGCGCGGCUGCCGCUGGAGCCGCUGCUGGGGCGCAUGGCGGUCCUCGGCUGCGUCUUCGGCCUCGGUGACGCCAUGUGCACCCUUGCCGCCCACACCGCUACGUCGCCUGAGAUAUUUAUUAUACCGCCGGAGUUCAAGCGUUUGUCGCCGUUCCAGCGCGCGUUCAGCGGCAGCCGCUGCAGUGACCACAUCGCUACGCUGAACGCCUUCGCUUCGUGGGACAAGAUGAGGCUUCGUGGCGAGGAAGCUGAGCGCAGCUACUGCGACUACAAGCAACUGUCCAUGCCUACACUCAGGGUGACAUGGGAGGCCAAGAACCAGCUACGGGAGCUGCUGAUGCAGAGCGGCUUCCCUGAGGAGACGUUGCUGCCUCAGUUCUUUGACUUCCACGGCGACGACCCGCAGCUUGACCUCAUCACUGCACUCAUAACCUUAGGGUAUUACCCCAACGUCUGCUACCACCAGGACAAGAGGAAGGUUCUGACGCAGGAGUGGAAGUCUGCGCUCAUCCACAAGUCUUCUGUCAACUGCAGCGCUCGAGACAUCGUCAUCCCGAUCCCCUUCUUGGUGUAUGGGGAGAAGAUCCGCACCAGAGCAGUUUCCUGCAAACAGACGACGAUGGUGUCGCCUCUGCACCUGUUGCUGUUCGGGUCCAGGAGAGUGGACGUGGUGGGCACUAAUAAAGUGCGGCUGGACGGAUGGUUGAAGUUCGAGAUGAACGCUAAGGCGGCGGCGAGCGUCGUGGCGCUGCGUCCUGCCAUCGACGCGCUCCUCAUCACCGCUGCUGAGAACCCCGCGUCCCUCAGCGAACCUCCCAGCGAGGCCCAGUCUGCCACCAUCGCCUGUGUUAAAGAGUUGUCGCUAUUAACGGCUGGCCGGGAAGACCUGCCGCCCUUGUGGCACAACCUGCAGCAGCAGUUCCCCCCGCGUCCCCCGCGGCAGUUUGAGGGCGCCAGUGCAGAGGACGGACCUCCUAGGAAGUACCUCCGCUCAAGUGGUCCUUACAGUGAUGAUGGCGGCGGGUACACGGGCAGCAGCCGCGCAUACCAGGGCGGGGGAGGCUACGGGCGCGGCUACUUCAACCGCGGCAGCGCUCCUUCAGGAGGGAGGUUUGGGCAGAGGGGCUUCAGGGGAGGCGGAGGAGUGUUCAGAGGCGGCCGAGGGCACUUCAGCGGCGGCCGAGGAGACUUCAACGGCGGUAGAGGAGGUUUUAGAGGCUUUGGAGGGGACUCCUUUAGUGGCCGAGGGGACUUCAACGGCGGCCGAGGGGACUUCGGUGGCGGCCGAGGAGAUUUCGGUGGCGGCCGAGGGGACUUCGGUGGCGGCCGAGGAGAAAGGGGACUUCGAACAGCAUAG